UCCGUGUUGCCUUUCGUUUGACAGCAAAUUAAGUUUGUCGGGAGUCUACUGAACUGUGACUGUUUUAGCCUUUAAACCAGCGCAUUUUUGGCUUCAUUUCGACCGAUACUUCUGGAUUCUUCUUUAAUGAUGGAAUAAAAGAAGUCAGCAUGGUGGUGAAUUCAGUGCACUGGUUUCGCAAAGGUCUGCGUUUGCACGAUAAUCCGGUGUUGCAGGAGGCCCUUAAUGGAGCAGACACAGUGCGCUGUGUUUAUAUCUUGGACCCGUGGUUUGCUGGCGCCGCUAACGUGGGGAUCAACCGAUGGAGGUUUCUGCUGGAGGCUUUGGAGGACCUGGACAGCAGUCUGAAGAAACUCAAUUCCAGAUUGUUUGUUGUCAGAGGGCAGCCUACUGAUGUUUUCCCGAGGCUUUUUAAGGAAUGGAAAGUGACCAGGCUGACAUUUGAAUAUGACCCAGAGCCUUAUGGGAAGGAGAGGGAUGGGGCUAUCAUCAAGAUGGCCCAAGAGUUUGGAGUGGAGACUGUUGUCAGAAACUCGCACACCCUCUACAACCUGGAUAGGAUAAUAGAGGUGAACAACAACAGCCCUCCACUGACCUUUAAGCGGUUUCAGACCAUUGUGAGCAGACUGGAGUUGCCCAGGAGACCUCUGCCUCCCAUCACCAAGCAACAGAUGGAUAAAUGUCGCACUAAAAUAGCUGACAAUCAUGACCAGCUAUACAGUAUACCUUCACUGGAAGAACUAGGUUUCAAGACAGAAGGUUUACCUCCAGCUGUGUGGCACGGAGGAGAGUCGGAGGCUUUGGACAGACUCAACAAACAUCUGGACAAAAAGGUGUGGGUGGCCAACUUAGAGCACCCUCGUGUCAACACGUGCUCUCUGUAUGCCAGUCCCACUGGCCUCAGCCCCUACCUGCGCUUCGGCUGUCUGUCCUGUAGGGUGUUGUACUACAACCUCAGAGAGCUCUACAUGAAGCUCCGUAAACGUUGCAGUCCUCCUCUGUCCCUGUUCGGCCAGCUGUUAUGGAGGGAGUUCUUCUACACAGCUGCCACCAACAACCCAAACUUUGACCGCAUGGACGGAAACCCCAUCUGUGUCCAGAUCCCAUGGGACCAGAACCCAGAGGCACUGGCCAAGUGGGCUGAGGGUCGGACUGGUUUUCCCUGGAUUGACGCCAUCAUGACCCAGCUCAGACAGGAGGGCUGGAUCCACCACCUGGCCCGACACGCCGUGGCCUGUUUCCUCACCAGGGGAGACCUGUGGAUCAGCUGGGAGAGCGGCAUGAAGGUGUUUGAGGAGCUGCUGCUGGAUGCAGACUGGAGUGUAAAUGCUGGAAGCUGGAUGUGGCUGUCCUGCAGUGCCUUCUUCCAGCAGUUCUUCCACUGCUACUGUCCCGUUGGCUUUGGAAGGAGGACUGACCCGUCAGGAGACUACAUCAGGCGUUACAUUCCCAUCUUAAAGGACUACCCAAACCGCUACAUCUAUGAGCCAUGGAACGCCCCGGAGUCGGUCCAGAAGGCAGCCAACUGUGUGGUGGGAGUGGAUUACCCCAAACCUAUGAUCAACCACGCAGAGGGCAGCAGGCUAAACAUUGAGAGAAUGAAACAAGUUUACCAGCAGCUCUCACAUUACAGAGGACUCAGUCUACUGGCAUCGGUACCAACGAUCCAAGAGGAGGCGGAGCCGUCUCAGACCAGCAGUGGACCCGAUUCUCCUCCCAAAGGUCCUGCUGAGUGUGAAGCAGCUUGUUGCUCCACAGCUCCUGAUUCAUCCACAGUGUGUGCAUCCUCCACCUAUGCUCCACACCCAGACCUGGAGGAGGCAGCCAACAGUCACCUAUCCCAGAGACCCUGCGCCUCCUUGGGCUCACACACACAGCUCUGUGCAGCCAUAACAUCUACAUCUGCCAGCCAUCCUCUGUCCACAGCAGCUCCUCCCUCCCCACCCUCAGUACCAGCCAUGAGCCUUCUGUCAAGGUCCAAACCUUCCUCCCCUUCCUCGUCAUGUCCCAGCUCGUCCCCGUCCCCCAGUCCAGCCAUGACCAUGACUCAGCCGUCCUCUGUGGGGCAUAGGAAGAAAGGUGUCGCUCGCAAGAUGCGGCGCAGCCACAGACAGCGAGGGCGACAGAGCUUCACUUCAGCAGUCAGGGAGGGAGAGAGGAGAGCAGAGGAGGAGGACAAGGAGGAAGCAGCAGGGGAGGAGAGGAUGGAGGAGGACUUUGAGCAGGAUGAGGAGAGAAUGGAGGAGGGGACUCCUGAAGAGACAGCAGGACAUCAGCAGUGAGACGAGGUGGAGAUCAAAAGAACAAUCUUCAAAUAUCCAUCCCAGACAACUGGACUGAUAAAGACAUACAAGGAACUGUGUUCUGGAUAUGAGGACAACAUAAAUAUAUAUAAGCAUGCAUACAACACAAGUGGAAACAGUACAAAAGCAUUUUACUCACAUUUACUCAAGACAGAAAAAAUGAAAUACUGUCUAGGCAAUCAUUUAAAUAAGCGUAGCAUCUAUGGACAUACAGUUCAACAUUUUAGAACAGAACUAGUCUUGAAUGGUUCAAAAAUCAUUUCUAUUUCAGGCAAUGGAGGUCAUAAUUCUAAAACAAAUUUAAGAUGAGUAAUGAGUAAUUUUCUCUUGUACAGUUCCAUCUCUGAGAAACCUACAGCUAAUAUAAGGAGCAACAUAAUGGACUGCAACUCCAACACACCAUAUCCACACUGAAGCCAUAAAACAUAGUGUGACUGUCAGCAGUGGCACCUCUCUGCUCGUCCUCUUGCUUCUCUGAAUCUCCUUACCUUAGAAACAAGGUAGCACAGGAGCCUGAAUGUCACCUGCCUGAACACACCGUCCUGUCUCUACACCAGACUCUCUGUUGUUCUAGGACAGAAAAGAUACUCCGUUAAUGAAGCAGUGUAUUCUGAAAGUUUGCAGUGAUACAUUUGCAUAACUGUGGUGAGAGUUACAAUAAGUUGCGGCAGACAACAGAGUCCCAGAGUGAAGGUCCAAACCAGUGUAUUCUGGGUCCUGCAGGCCAAAAAUGGACUUCUCUUCUUAUUGAGAGGCGUGCAGGAACACUUCUAGAGCUUCAGACAGAUUUACUAACCUUAAGUAAAAUGUAUUAAACUUCACUUUAUGUCGUAGCUCCUUUCAAUGUACAGCUGUGGACAUUUUGGGCCUUCUUCAGGAGCACUCUUUAUAUUCAGGUGGGAAAACAGUAAUGGAGAAUGCUUCUGUUGAUGUCUGACAUUUUGUUUUGUUAAAUGGAAGGUUUUUCUGUUCAUGUGGCCCUGACGGUUGUGUUUGGGAUCUUCUCCUGAUUUUAUAACCGUAAAGGGAUAGUUGGGGUUUGUUGAAGUGGGGUUGUAUGAGGCAGUAUAUUGCAUGCAGUAGGUGUCAGUCAGCAUGCUGCCCUCAGUUUGGAGAAGGAGGCUAAACAAUGUACUGCUGUGGAGGGGUCAGCAACAAAUCUUAUUUUAUCCACCUAAAAAAAAAAAAAAAAAAAAAAAAAAAAUCAAAAUCUAUCACUUUAAGUGUGCACUAUAUUGACUGCUUUACUUUAAUGUCUGACAGUGAUUUUAAAUGGGAAACAGAAGCUGUUAUAUCUCCUCACAGCCAGACUCCAUUGAGGAAAAACAGUGAUUUAACAUUGUUAAACACAGGAGCUGCUGGUCUACUGCUGCAUCAUUCAGUUGUUUUGUGUGUGUGUGUUAUUGUGUGACUUGAGCGUUUAAAAGAGUUGGUAUGGAUUCACACAAAGUCACACAAUAACACAGACUAACUUAAUGAUAGACAGCAGUAGACCAGCAGCUCCUGUGUUCAGCAAGGUAAAAUUACUGUUUUGUCAAUGGAGUUUGGUGGCUUUGAUGAGAGCAUAUAUGGGGAACAGAAGCUGUUAACAGCUUCUCCAUAAGAAUAGGCUGUCUGACAGAAAGGUAAAGUGAAAAUACUCUCAAUAUAGUGUACACCUAAACACUGACCCCCAUCCACGGCAGUACAUUGCUUAGCUUCUGUGUCCGACUCCAGUCUGGUUCACCAAACGGGGUGUGCUGACUGACAUCUACUGUAUGCGAUACACUGAUAAUGGAUAAGUACUCCAUACAAACUCACUUCAAAAAAAACUGAGCCAUCCCUUUAAAACUGACAGAAACACUAAAGAACAUGAUUGAAACUCUACAUGUUAAUAUGUAAAUUUCCGAUGUGAAUGUUUUGGAAAAUAUCUCAUAUUUUUGCUAGCAGCAGUGACGAUGUCAGUCAGUGAAAGGGAACAUUUUUAUAGUUCCUAAAUCAUAAAUUAGCUAAUUCAAACAAUGUCAAUUAAAAGGUCCAGUUGGGACCUUCUGUAUAAACAGCUUUAUCCCUCUGGCAAUUAAAAAAUGCUGCUUGUGUGGAAUGAAUGUAGAGAAACAAAACUGGCGUGUUGUUCUCCCUGUAUAUUUAUCAGAGUUUGUAUAUAAAAUAUGUAAAACCAUAACCUGUCUGCUUUAAUAAUGGUAUGAUGAAGGGGGUUUCACAAAGGCCUGUGUACCUUUUAUCCUGCGUGGAUGUCUCUUACCAAGAAAAUCCACCAGAGGACAGUAGAUGCAGCAAUUUCUGCACAUGGUCAGUGAACUGCUGACAUUUAUUAGUUUGUUGUUAAUCUACCAGGGUUAUGUUUACAACUCUUAGCCUGCCAGUUGUUGGGUUUUUUUUCUUUGAUAAAUUACCAAAACGAUGGGUCAAUGAUCCAUCAAUCAUUUUGUCAAUCAAAUCUUUUAAGCAAUAAUAUGUACUGCACUGCCAGUUUAACCACUGAAUCCCAAAAAGUCAUUUCAAAUGUGUUACAUGUUCACACUUCAUAGCACUAUAUAUUUCUAGUUUAGUAAACAAACAUAAAAUUAUCUGAAUUUCACCUUGUUUUUUCCUUACAACAUUAUCAAAUUCUGGGUUACACUUUAUUUGGAUCGUCCACCAACAGAUAGUCUAUAGAGUAUUUGUGACAUUUUAACAAUGUAGGGACUGUUCGUUAUUUAUGGGGGGGGGGGGGGGGGGGUGCAAAUGGGGAGGCACUUCAGAUAAUUUUUUAAGCACUGGGAAGGGAGUUGUGGUUUAAUUUGUUGUAGGGGUGACA